AUGGCCAUGGGUUUCCAGAAAUGGCUGGUUUUCGUAUGCCUUUUUUCUUGUAUCAUCCUGUUAGCAAUAGCACAGCCCGAGCUAGUCUACUCGAAAUGCGGGGAAAGCGGAAAUUACACACAAAACAGCAUAUACCAGAGCAACCUUAACACAGUUCUUUCGUCCCUCUCGUCUAACCUCAACCAAUAUGGAUUCUCCAAUGUUUCCAUGGGCGAAAAUCCCGACAGGGUGAGCGCCCCCAAAUUAUAUCGUGGACCAACUGCGCUGUGCCGAGGCGACGUUGAGCCGGACAUAUGUCACAGUUGCGUUGAGGAUGCAGGUCGGAAGAUGGUACAAUCGUGUCCCAAUCAGACGGAGGCAUUUGGAUGGUACGACGAGUGCAUGAUCUAUUACUCCAACGUUUCCACCCUGGGUUCCUGGACGAGGUUUCCUGAGAUAUACUUGCGGAAUGUAGAGAAUUCCUCGAGCACAGAACAGUUCAAUAAAGAUUUACAGGAAUUGCUGGAGAGUCUACGGGACCGUGCUGCAAAUGGUUUCCCCCCCUUACGGAAAUUUGCGGCGGGGAAUACAUCUGGACCGGCCUUCCAGACCAUAUAUGCAGCUGUGCAGUGCUCCCCUGACUUGUCUGCUCAAGCUUGCUCUGAUUGCUUGGUUUCUGCUUUUGCUGAUUUAGCUAGAUGUGACCAAUGCACUGGCAAAAUAGGAGGGGGAGUUGUAAGGCCUAGCUGCAAUUUUCGCUUUAAGACUCAACGUUUCUUCAAUUAUACUUCGAUUAUUGGACCUCCACCAACCCCAGCCCCAGAAAAAAAGGACAAGGACAACGACAUAGUUUCAACUGUAAUUAUUGUAAUUCCGCUUGUCGUAAUUAUAAUUAUUCUUACUCUAUGCAUUUGGAUAAUUGUCUUGAAGAAAAGGCACAGAAGGGAGCCGGAGGACAUGGAGGAUGAAAUUAGUACCGUGGAUGACAUUAGUACUGUGGAGUCCCUACAAUACAACUUUGGUACUAUAAGAACAGCUACAAACAAUUUCUCCAAUUGUAACAAACUUGGACAAGGUGGAUUUGGUCCUGUUUAUAAAGGAGAACUCCCAAACGGACAAGAAAUAGCAGUAAAAAGGCUUUCUGCUAAUUCAGGACAAGGUGAUCUAGAAUUUAAAAAUGAGGUCCUUUUGGUAGCCAAGCUUCAACAUAAAAAUUUGGUUAGGCUGCUUGGGUUCUGCUUGGAAGGGAGAGAAAGGCUUCUUGUAUAUAAAUUUGUUCCUAAUGCUAGCCUUGACCACACUUUAUUUGAUCCUGUUAAAAGAGAAAAUUUUGAUUGGAAGACACGUUAUAAAAUCAUAAGCGGCAUUUCCAGAGGUCUUCUUUAUCUUCAUGAAGACUCCCGCCUUCGUAUUAUUUAUCGUGAUCUCAAAGCAAGCAAUGUUCUACGAGACGCAGGGAUGAACCCAAAGAUCUCAGACUUUGGCAUGGCAAGAUUGUUUGAAUUUGAUGAGAGCGAAGGCAAUACAAGCAAAAUUGUGGGAACUUAUGGAUAUAUGGUACCGGAGUAUGUAAUGCACGGUCAAUUUUCAGUUAAAUCAGAUGUUUUCAGUUUUGGGGUGUUAGUCCUGGAAAUUGUAAGUGGACAAAAGAAUAACUGUUUCAAAAACGGAGAAUCUGUCCAAGACCUUCUGAGCUAUGCUUGGAGACAGUGGCGGGAAGGGACAGCAUUGAAUCUGGUAGAUCCCUUUCUUCGAGGCAAUUCAGGUUCAUCAGUGCGUGAAAUUGUGAGAUGCAUACACAUAGCAUUGCUUUGUGUUCAAGAAAAUGUUGGAGACAGGCCAACAAUGUCCACAAUUCUUCUAAUGCUUAGUAGUUCUUCUCUGAGUCUUCCACUGCCAUCUGCCCCCGCAUUCUUCAUGCACACUACUAUCAAUCCUGAGGCUCCGCUGCUGCUUAAUGAAACUACUUAUUCAUCGCAAAAUGAGGCUUGGAGACAGUGGCGGGAAGGGACAGCAUUGAAUCUGGUAGAUCCGUUUGUUCGAGGCAAUUCAGGUUCAGUGCCUGAAAUGAUGAGAUGCAUACACAUGGCAUUGCUGUGUGUUCAAGAAAAUGUUGCAGACAGACCAACAAUGUCCACAGUUGUUCUCGUACUAAGUAGUUCUUCUCUGAGUCUCCCAAUGCCAUCCGCGCCAGCAUUCUUCAUGCACAGUGCUAUCAGCCCUGAGGCUCCCCUGCUGCGUAAUGAAGCUGCUUAUUCAUCGCAAAAUGAGGCCUCCAUUACUGAAAUGGAUUUCCAGAAAUGGCUUGUUUUCCUAUACAUUUCUAGUAUCGCCCUGUUAGCAGCCGCACAGCCUAAGCUCCGGUACUCGUUAUGCAACCAAACCGGAAACUACGAACACAACAGCAUCUACCACCACAACCUUAACACACUUCUUUCCUCAAUCUCGUCUAAACUCAACGAACAUGGAUUCUACAACGCUUCCACAGGCCAAAAUCCCGACAGGGCGAGCGUCACCGCCCUGUGCAGAGGCGACGUCGAGCCCGAAAAAUGUCGCAGCUGUGUCGAUAACGCAGCUAGGAAGAUGGUAAAAGUUUGUCCCAAUGAGAAGGGGGCAUUCGGAGGGUACGAGGAGUGCAUGAUUCGAUACUCGAAUGAAUCCACCGUAGCAGGUUCCUGGUCAAGGUUUCCUCAGCUCUACUUCUACAUUGAUUCGUUGAAUAAUGGAUCGAUAAAUUCCUCGAGCCAAGACCGGUUUGAUGAAGAUUUAAGGAAGUUGUUGGAUGGUCUGCGAGACCGUGCUGCAAAUGGCGGCGAUUUUCUGAAGUUUGCAGGCGACAAUGCGACCGGACCGGAGUUGCAGACUAUUUAUGCGGUUGUGCAGUGCUCCCCUGAGUUGUCUGCUAAGGAUUGCUCUGAUUGCUUGACUUCUGCUUUCGGAGAUUUAAGUAAAUGUCCCUGCCAUGGCAAGAGACGGGGCGGAAUCAUAAGGCCAAGCUGCAAUUUUCGCUACGAGAAUUAUAGCUUCUUCGAUUAUAACAAGGUUAUGAUUGAAGCUACGCCACCGAGAUCAGUGAUAUCGAUUGCUCUACCACCAAAUUCAAGGGACUUUCCGGUUGCACACAACUAUUUAAAUAAGUACUCCAUAAUUGAAUCAGAACUUGAUUUUGCUGUCUUUAAAGCUCUACCACCAAAUUCAGUGAUAGCUCAACCACCAAAAUCAGUGAUUAAAGCUCUACCGCCAAAAUCAGUAAUUGAAGCUUCUCCACCAAAAAAUUCAGUGAUUGGAGUUAUGGAACCUGAUGAUCCGGGUCCGAGACCAUUAUUAGGAGAAAGUAACAAGAAUAUAAUUCGAAUUGUCAUUAUUAUUGUUGUUGCUGUAUUUAUCAUCCUUACUAUCUGCGUCAGCAUUCUUGUCUUGAGAAAAAGGCAAAAGAGGAAGCAGAAGAACGAUAAUGAUUCUGUGGAUGAAGUAACUGUUGUGGAGUUCCUAAAAUACGACUUUGGUACCAUAAAAAAAGCUACAAAUAAUUUCUCGGACUCUAACAGAAUCGGACAAGGUGGAUUUGGUCCUGUUUACAAGGGAAAACUAAAUGGGCACGAUGUGGCAGUGAAAAGGCUUUCUCGUAAUUCAGGGCAAGGUGAUCGAGAAUUCAGAAAUGAAGUCAUUUUGGUAGGCCAGCUUCAACAUAGAAAUUUGGUGAGGCUGCUUGGGUUUUCCUUGAACAAAAGAGAAAGGCUCCUUGUAUAUGAAUUUGUUCCCAAUGCCAGUCUUGACUAUUUCUUAUUUGAUCCAGUCAAGAGAGCACUUUUGGACUGGAAUACUCGCUAUAAAAUCAUAAGUGGCAUUUCCAAGGGACUUCUAUAUCUCCAUGAGGACUCUAACAUUCGUAUCAUUCACCGUGACCUAAAACCCAGUAACGUUCUAUUGAAUACGGAGAUGAACCCAAAAAUUUCAGACUUCGGCAUGGCAAGACUAUAUGACUUAGAUGAAAGCCAUUGCAGUACAAGCAGAAUUGUGGGAACUUACGGAUACAUGGCACCCGAGUAUGCAUUUCACGGUCAAUUUUCAGUUAAAUCUGAUACCUUUAGUUUCGGAGUUUUAGUCCUGGAAAUUAUAAGCGGACAGAAAAGUAACUGCUUCAGAAAUGGGAGAUCUGAACAAGACCUUCUGAGCAAUGCUUGGGCACAGUGGCGGGAAGGGACAGCACUGAAUCUGGUAGAUCCUAUUCUGAGAGGAAAUUCAUCAUCAGGUUCAGUGCAAGAAAUGAUGAAAUGCAUACAUAUGGCGUUGCUUUGUGUUCAAGAAAACGUUGGAGACAGGCCAACAAUGUCCACAGUUGUUCUCAUGCUUAGUGGUUCUUCUCUGAGUCUUCCAUUGCCUUCCGCUCCGCCAUUUUUCAUGCAUAGCUCAAUCACUCCCGAGGUUUCGCCGCAGCUUCCAGAACAGAACUCAACCAUGUUUGAAUCCUUAAAUGAAACCUCCAUUGCUGAUGCCUUUUUCCCCUGACGAUGAAAACAGUACAAUUUUUUCAUGUAUUGUUUCUGCCCCAUGCACGAUUGCUGAUGAGACUGGAUCAUUAGUCUUUCUUCCCAAACUUCAUGACCUGAAUUGUCUAUGCAGGCUAGCAAACAAUAUUCUACUCA